CAAAAAAGGCUUUUUACAUAUUAUAGAAAUAUUUGGAACGGUACGGCUAUUACAAUCCUAAUAGCUUUAAUGGCAAAACAUUAACAGAAUCUGUGAAAAUCUUUCAAAGAACGUUUGGACUUGCAGCUACAGGUGUUGCUGAUGAUGAAACAAAGAAAUUGAUGAACACACCAAGAUGUGGUAUGGUUGAUCAUCAUAUUGCUCCUCUCGAGGACACCAAAUGGAACAAAACAGACCUUACAUAUUAUUAUUACAGUUACACACCUGAUAUGCCAAGGUCAGAUCUUGAAAGAUUGACAAAGAGGGCUUUUCAAUAUUGGUCAGACGAAACACCUUUAACAUUUACAGAAAUAAAAUCAGGUGAUAUAGUAAUUGCUUUCGGAUCAAGAGCACAUAGAGACGAUAGAAAGAAGUGUGUAUACCACUUUCAUGGAAAGGGGACCACGUUGGCUCAUGCAUUUCUUCCACCAGACGGCCGACUUCACUUUAAUGAAGACGAACUGUUUACUGAUAGAUCCACAUCUGGCAUUAACUAUUUAUGGGUAGCCACUCACGAAAUGGGUCACGUAUUAGGAUUAGAGCAUGACACAAAAAACAAAGAUGCUGUGAUGUACCCGUAUUACAAAGCUUACGUGCCCAACAUGAAGUUACAUGCAAAUGAUGUGUAUAGAAUACAAAAACAAUACGGAAAAUCCACAGGUGGUGGUUCAAAUACCAAACCCCCUAAAACUGUACCACCGACGCAUCCAGUGACAAAACCUACUCAAGCAGGAUGUUUUGAUCAAAGUGUUAACUGCGAUGAUUUUAAACAGCGCUGCAACGGUGAUCAAAAAUGGAUUAAUUUUAUGAAAACAAAUUGUAAAAAAACUUGUAACUUCUGUUAAGAAAAUAAAGAAGAGAUGAAAAA